AUGCACACCUUCAAGUCAGGCUUCUUCAACUUCGAGUUCCUGCGACUCCUUGCCAUGGCUCCUUUCGAAGGCGGCGAGAUCGCAGAAAUUCUCGAGACAGUCAGCAAAAUCCAGGACCUGGAUCCCGAGAGCUGGUACGACGCCUGGAGCGAAGCCGCCACAAAGGCUGAGCAGAUUGCCCGCGAGGGAGAAGAUUCAAGGGACCCAGUGGCUGCCCGUCGUGGGUAUCUGCGCGCCACUCGAUACCUUCAAUCGGCCAUGUUUAUGCUUAAUGAGGGUCCUGUCGGUCACGACAAACGUGUGUUGCCGACCAUCGAGCGCUCAAUUCGUGACUUUUGGAAGGGCGUUCAGCUUCUAGAUGGACCGGUUCACUUCCUUGAAAUCGACUACGAAGAUGGCGUGAAAUUACCGGGCUAUCUAUAUUUGCCACCCGCGAAUAAACGUCUCCCUAGCGGCAAGACUCCCAUCCUCGUUAAUACCGGCGGUGGUGACUCUACGCAAGAAGAGAUCUACUUCAUCAACGCGUCUGUAGGCCCAAGCCUAGGCUACGCAGUCCUUACCUUUGACGGCCCAGGACAGGGUAUCGUUUUACGGCGCGAGAAAUUGGAGAUGCGUCCUGACUGGGAGGUCGUCGUGGGCAAAGUGCUCGACCACUUAUGGGACUUUGCGGCGCAGCAUCAAGAUGCAAAUCUCGAUCUAGACCAUAUAGCUAUCACCGGAGCGUCCAUGGGUGGAUAUUUCGCGCUGCGGGGGGCCGUCGACCCCCGUAUCAAAGCAUGUAUCAGCGUCGACGGAUUCUACUCGAUGGAGAGCUUUGCUGAAGGCCGAGUACCCGCCUGGCUGUGGAAGGGGUUCAGGGCCGGCUACAUUUCGAAAUCGGUCUUCAACACCGUAGUCGGGGUCACGUCGUCGCUUAACUUUCAACCUCGCUGGGAGUUUAAUCACAUGAAGUGGGCGUUGGGUCAGGAUAACGAAUACCACGUUAUUCGACGCAUGCUUGAUUUCUCGCUCCGUCGUCCCGACGGCUCAGAGGUCCUGCAUGAUGUGAAAUGUCCAGUGCUGGUCACCGGCGCUGGCUCGUCGUUCUAUUUCGACCCGAGCACCACAACGCGUAGGAUCACCGACAAGCUUAUGCAUCUAAAAGCUGGGGAGAAAGAGGAGUGGAUCGCCACGGAUGUGGCUUUCGGUGGGCUGCAGGCUAAGAUUGGGGCCUUUGGCUACGCAAUGCAGCGCACUUUUGGGUGGCUUGGUAAAAUUUGGAAAAUUGAGAGGGAGCCGCUUAUUCUUGUGGGGAGGAGGGGUAUCGAGCAAAGGCAAAAAAGGUGUUACUAG